AUGGCCGACACCAACACAUCCUUUGAGAGCGUGAUCAAUUUGUCAGAACAUCUGGAUCUUUCGGAGUCGUUCUCGGAUGACUGGCUCAACGGCCGACAUGUCCUCAUCACCGGCGGUGCCGGAGCUCUCGGGUCCAAUUUCGUUCGUCGGUGGGCCAAGGCUGGAGCAACUCUGGUUAUUGGGGAUCGCGAUGCCGAGAAAGGCUCGCAACUCGUCGCCGAGCUACGACAGGAGUUUCAGAGGGACCAUGUCGCCUUUUUUGUCGAGUGCGAUAUCGUUCAGUGGGAGUCACAAGUCAAUCUAUUCCAAGAAGCCGCCAGGCUCAGCCUCCACGGCGGGAUUGAUGCGGUUAUCGCCAACGCUGGUGCUGGAGGACCGGACGUCUUGGGACUUCCAAACAGAGAAUUGCCCAGGCCACAUGCUCCUCCGGAUAUCAGCACCACAAUGACCAACUACGUCGGCCUGCUGUACACUGUUCAUCUCGCGUCCUACUAUUUGGCGCACAAUCCGGGAUCGACGCCAUGCUCGCCGAAGCCUCCAGUAGGCACGACUCGUACAUCGCGAGACCGUCACUUGCUACUCGUCGGCUCCGUGGCCUCUCUGACACCAGUGGUAGGAAGACCUCAAUAUACUGGAUCCAAACACGCUGUUCUGGGUAUCUUCCGGGCUUUGAGGGCGACGAGUUUCCUGUCUGGAAUACGGGUCACGCUUUUGUGUCCGUACUUUGUGGACAGUGCUAUGGUAGCGCCUCAUAUUAAGCCGCUGCUCGAGGGCACCAAGCUGGCGGAAAUGCAUGAUGUAGUCGAGGCUGCAACGCGAUUGGUGGCCGAUGAACGUAUUUCAGGCCGUGCUUUGGUUGUCGGACCACCACUACAGAGAUCAGGAAGCCAAGGGCUUCUUGUACCUGGUUUUGAUCCUGGAAGUAUAGACGAUAUGCGUAUUUGGGAUUGCUACGCAGACGACUACCAGAAGGUCCAGAUAUUCACUCGACGGCUAGUAAACGCACUUAGACAGCAGGAACUUGCAAAUGAGUUAAAAUAG